GUUGCAGUGACGCGUUGAUCUCUUCGCAUUUGCCACGCCAUGUCGUGCUGGGAUGACAGCAUCGACAUUCAGCGUCUUGGGCUGCAGAAUCAAGACGUCAAAAAGAAAGAAGGUGAGUGCACAUCUGUGUCAAAUGGACGAGGGCUGGUGCCACGUCAUGGUGCCACGUGGCUGCGCGUCUUUCAGCGAUUGGCAACCCGGCUGUGGACACCUUUGUCAAUUCCAAAGUGAGCAAAGACCCCCGCACUGAUGGAUCUUCUGAGUUUGGGUCUGUGCCGUGCCUACAGGGGCUGACCAUCCAAACAUACCACUAUGAGGCCGCAAACCCCAAGGGAAUCGUUCUGUGUAAGCGCGAUGGAGAACGCGCGAUCCUGCACCUGUCUGAUUGGCGGUGUGUGUCAGGCGUGCACGGGUAUGGUACGCACUUUCGGUUCGAGUAUCUGACCCUGGGAGAUCAGCUCUACCAGGGGUCGUGGGUCGAGAGGUCAGUCACCACACGAGGCAGCACAGCAGGGGCGCAGAGAGUGCCACACAUGAUGGCGCCCUGCUUCUUGUCGUUUCUCUGCGUCAGGCUGGUGAAUGCGGGCUAUGGUGUGUAUGGAUGGGACCACCAGAGCUUUGGCCUGUCUGACGGGUGGCAGAGAAUGAGGUACUUGCCCGAUACGGAAUAGGAAGACGCCAAAGCGUCAUGCAGUGUUGUAUGUGCGCGUACAGGGCGAAUGUUGAGUCGUUCGACGACUUCAUCGAUGACGGGAUACAGUUCCUCAAUGAGCAGAUACUCUCCAACAAGAAGGAGUGAGAGCUGCGCACUUUCAUGGCACUUCCAUCUGAAGCAUUCGUGGGACUAAUGUUUUCUGCGCGUGUCUGCCUCCAGGGACGUUCCCGUGUUUCUGAUGGGCUUGUCGAUGGGUGGUUGUAUGGCGGCGUUGAUGGCUGAGCGCCCGGAAGGCAAGGCGCUCGCCGGCGUCAUACUGGUACGCACAUCGCUGUCCCGAGACUUCAUGCGCUUUUGGUGGUGGUCUUGUUUUCUCUGUCUGUCAGUUGUCUCCCAUGCUGUCGAUCGAGACCGAGAAGGAGCGCAACAAGGCUGCGCUGCCGCUGGUGGAUUUUCUCAGCAAAGCCAUCCCACACCUGCCACUGGCAAGGCAGCAGGUAGAGCCAGCUGCAUGCAUUUGCCGAAUCUGCCACGUGUUUGUUGAUUUGGUCUGUUCAGCCGGCGAAGCUCGAGGAGAUCACUGCAGCGAGAGCGAAGGAUCCGUUGUUCUACAAGGGAAUGGCCCGCGCCCGCAUGUCCAAUGAAAUCCUCAAGGCAGUAGACAAGUAAGGAUUCUAUUUGGGGGGAACACUGGGUCUCAUUUCCACCUUUUUGUCCGGUAGAGUGGCUGAAGGCGCGCCUCAGCUGACGGCGCCCCUGUUAAUCAUCCACUCACAGCGUGACACACAGUGCGAGCCCGAGGGAUCGAGCAAAUUCGUCAACUUGGUCUCGUCUGAGGUGAUGAGCAGAAGCACCAGUGCAGGGCUUCACGAAGUGCACCAACACCUCUUCCAUUUUUCUCUGCGUGCCUGUGUGUGUGUGUGUGUUUGUGUGUGUGUCGUGUGCAGGUCAGGGAGAUUAGCCUGCUCAACGACAUGUGGCACAACCUCGCCAACGAACCGGUAAGUGAGGGCCAACACUGAUGAGCCCUCGGUCCUGUGCAUAUGUCCUGCCCUGCUGUUUGCCCUGUCUUUCAGGGGAACGAGAAGGUGAGAAAACGAUCCAGCGUCCAGCAGAGCACACACCUGUGUGUGGGUUUGCAGGUGUUUGAGGAGGUGUACGAUUUCCUUCGGCGCCACACGGAGGGGGACCUGUUGCACCCCAAACCUCCUACACUCACAUCGGGAGGCUAGCAACGUCGACCGACCAGGAGGCCUUCAGGCGGAGGGCAUGUGUACGUGAUGCCCUUGCUUCUUUUUCCCGAAUUGUGGCUUGUGUUGAAUGGAUUCGUCGAUUUGCUCCGCCCGCCUGUCUGCCUGUGCAUCCAUUUGCACAUUUAGUCGGCGGCUGCGUGGUCGUGAUAUCGGUGUCCUCUAAUUAUUGCAUCUCUUUUUGUGACACUGCCGGCAAGGUGCAAGGCAGAUAAUGUGGAUGUGGGAGGGAACGGAUUCGUGCAAUUGGAUUCGUGCAUGAUCCGGGUGGUGUUUUCGUGAGACCCAUAUGCAUCGGAUGAGGGACAAAAAGACGAAUUUGCACGGCACAAUGGGAC